AAAACAAAAAUUCAAAACAAUUGAUAAUAACAUGUGUUUACAAUAAUUAGAUAAUAAUAACAACAAUAAUGACUACAAUUAAGCGCAUUAUUGUCUCAUUGAAGACAAUUAGACCACACAUUGAUGACUACUGGUUUGCCAUACCAUCGAUGGUCAACACUAUCGGCGAUUUGAAGAUUGUUUUGACCGAAGAGGAGAACGUAUUAAAUGCCGAAGAAGUGGAUCUGUUUAUGGAUAAUGUGUUGUUAAGAGACAACUCAAUGAUUGAUAUGAUUGCAGAUAAAGACAGAAUUGAGAUCAAAGCCAAAUCUUCGGCUAAUAUAACAACUGAUGUCAAGAAAUCUGCGAAAAAGAAGAAGAAGAAACACUUUGAUUGUCAACCGAUGGCUAAAGAUAUUACUGUAACAGACAAUAGUUGUGUCAAAAAAGUAGACAAAAAACAUGUAAAACAAAACCCGAUUAUCAAUACUGUUGUCAAUAGUUUGGACAUCAGUUCAAUGAAUAAUGGCAUUAAACAGGAACCGAUUGGCGAAGAGAUGAUAGAAAGUGAUAAUAUCUUAAUUCACAAUAGUAUUAAUAAAAUGGUCAACAAUUUGAGGACAAAAAGCGUAAAACGUGAACCAAUUAGUGAUGAAGAAGAAGAAGAAGAAGAACGGAUAAAAAUGGAGACAGAAGUUAUGGCAAUGGUUAACAUUAAAGUUGAAAAACAGAGUUUUGAAGAUAAUAAUGAUAAAGAUGUGAUUGAUAUCUCGGAUGAGUCGUCGAGUGAGGACAGCAGUGAUGAUGAGUCCACUGAUAGAUCACUGAAGAUCUGCUUCAAUAAUAGGACUAUUAAUGAUAAGAAUGUCAGUAAACAUGAGUUACAAAUUAAAUCUAUGGUUCAAAUCCAAGAUAAUAACAGCAACACUGUUAUUGGCAAUACAUCAUCAAAACACAAUGCCUCCAUAUCUGCAACACAUGACAAUCAAUUGUUGUCCACUUCAAGUGAUAAUAAUAACUACAACAAACAGCAAACAAGAAAACCUAUUCACAAAUGUGAUAUUUGUGACAAUAUAUUUGAAAAUGAAUGGAGUUUUGUAUUGCAUAUGAGAUAUAAACAUAAAAUAGAUUUACGUCCCUUCAAGUGUACACUUGAGGGAUGUCGAGCUGUUUUCAAAUUAUCAGAACAACUCGAAAUACAUAAACAAAGAAAACAUUUACCUACCGGUGCUUUCAUCGAUACUAUCGGAAAAGACAGUAGUUCAACAACAUCUGAAUACAACAUUAAUGAUACGACUGAUGGCUCAUUAGUAUUAACAAAAAACAGAUUUAUCUGCGAUUAUAAUGGCUGUAAUAAAUCGUUUUUGAAAGAACCGAAAUUCAUUAGACACAAACAAUUUACUCAUUUUAUAUGCUGUCAGGACUACUGUCGCCAAACGGGUCGUUCAGUAUAUGAUUUGGUCGUACAUAUGAGGAACGACCACAAUAUCGAUUGGUUUCCCUACAAGUGUUCCCGUCGUUAUUGUGGCCAAGAAUUCAAAUCAUUAAAACAACUUAAAGAACAUAAAUUUCUGGGACAUUCACGUGGUAUUCAGCUAACCGGGCCAUUCAGCUAACAACAACAACAACAAAAUAAUUGUAAUUAAUAAUACA